GAUGUGUUCUGGCUCUAGGGCUGGGAGGGUUAGUAGUUAGAAUUGUGUUCUACAGAGGUUUCAUGCUAAUUAGUCCAGUUCAAUGGCUUUAAGCAUGAGCGGUUGAACUCGUGACGGUCAUAAGAAUUAUUUUCCUCCCCUCAUAGUUCUAACCCAUUCUCAAGUCAGAGAUUUAAUUUUUUUAAAAAGUGAGACUGAGAACUUUGGGAAACAGUGUUGCGAAGCAAUUUAGAAGGAUCGGACCCUUUCACAAUCUACGUAACUAUCCACUUUAGGUGUAGUCACUGGAUGGUUCAAAGAGAUGCCUCGCGGUGACUUCAAUGUUUAUUUUGCAAGCAGAGGAGGACCCCAUGUCAGGAACGAAGAGGCAGCAGGCAUAGCUCUGUUGGUCUUCAUACUUGCAGCCCUUCUCAUCCUCGGAUGCUGGUAUUUUAGGAGGAGAUGUGGGUACAAAAUGAUUAGGAGCCCAAGAUCAGGGUCCCUGCCAGGAUUCAGUGGAGGACAGUUCAACGAGGGAGGAGCCACAGCAGAAAACAAGAUGGGCCUCAGUGACCUCCGACCUUUGGUUCCCAAUGCCCCUCCUGCAUAUGAGACGAUAACAUCAGGACCCCUACCUCCUCCCUACUCCCCCUAAUAACAGUCCUCUGUGGAUAACCAAAAAGAUGAAAACUAUGAACUUAAUGUGAUGUCUUAUUUAAACUCUAUAUCAAUGACGAAAAAGCUUUUGAUGAAAAUACUAUUAGCAGUCUAUAUUUACAAUUACACAAUUUACCAUAUUUUACUCUUGUUUUUUUUUACUAUCUUGUAUUUUUUUUUUUAUGUGUAUUUCUCCAAAACUUGUUUUGUGUGUUAUGUGUUCCUCAAGGUUAUAUUUCUGAAGGUUGCUCAGCAAACAAGACCCUUCUAUCAAUACUUGAAUAACAGUAUAUUAAUCGAUUACAACAAAGUCGUACUUAGGAAAUUGCUUGUUCAUUUAAGAAAAGAAAAAAGUAUAUCUGCAAUUGAGAAUCCAUAGUAAUUUAAAGACAAUAACUUGUUAUUUCAACAUGUACUUAUGAAGGGAUUUCAAAAGGAUGGAAUGGUUAUCCCCUAGAAAAUCCUGCAGACACAUUUCAAUAAAAAUAUAA